AUGAUAGCGCAGAAAGAGUUAACAAUACCCCUGGAUGACGUACUUCUGUGGACAGAUAGUGAAACCGUCCUCAAGUAUAUCCGGAAUGAAACCAAACGUUUUCAAAGGUUUGUGUCCAACAGAGUGGCUUACAUUCGCAAGAGAACUGAAGUGGAUCAAUGGCACCAUGUACCCGGUGAUUUAAAUCCUGCAGAUGUUGCUAGCCGUGGAAUGAACAUCCAUGAUUUUAUUCGGUGUAAAGAGUGGAAAUUCGGACCCGAGUUUCUGCGCUUGGACAAAAGUACUUGGCCUAUUCAUGGAGUCAUCCCAGAUCUUAAUGAUCAGGAUCCAGAAGUAAAGAAGCCCAUCGUCAUCUCGGCUGAAACCAAACUUGAUCCUGAUGCCUCCAUUCAGUUGAUUGAAAGCAUGUCAGACUUUCGUCGACUCGUUUGGACUGUUUGUGGGUUGAUUAAAAUUCAACAAAAAUGUAGGGGCCUUGUCCCCAAUAAGUCUACUUUGGAAGAACACAAUGAAGCCGAAUUGUCUUUAGUCAGAUUUGAACAAUCCAGGAUUUUUGAUGAUGACCUUGAGGUCGUUCAGACAUCGGGACGUUUGCCAAAGAAAUCUCCAAUCAGGAAACUUUCGCCGUUUCUGGAUUCCGACGGGCUAUUGCGAGCCGGGGGGCGUCUAUCUCAAGCUCUAGAUGUAGAUUAUAACGCCAGACAUCCUGUCAUAUUACCCAAUUCUCACAUGGCUGUCCUCAUAAUCCGGGAAAUUCACGCCCACAUUGGACAUCUAGGACAGCAAUUUGUUAUCACCCUAUUGAGGGAAAAAUACCGAAUUAUUGGUGAGGGGUCCAUUGUGAAGAAAAUUUUGCGCAACUGCAUUCGGUGCAAAAGAUAUCAAAGCAAAGUGGAACAACAGGUUAUGGCAGACCUGCCUACGGGUCGAUUAGCCAGAAACCACCCUCCUUUCGUCGAAACUGGCGUAGAUCUGUUCAGACCAUUCAAGAUUAUUCGUGGCCGAACAUCGGUUGAUCGAUAUGGCCUCAUUUUCACAUGCCUCACAAGUCGUGCCGCGCAUCUUGAAGUAGUGUUUGACAAAUCUACAGAUUCGUUCCUCCAAGCUUUGAGGAGAUUCAUAGCCAGAAGGGGCCAAGUCAGAAGGAUGAGAUCCGACAACGGAACCAACUUUGUUGGCGCCGACCGAGAACUUGGAAGGAUGUUGGAGGAAUUAAAUCAAUCCGAGAUCAGUGAAGAGUUAGCCAUCAAAGGGAUAGAGUGGAGUUUUAAUCCACCGUACAGCCAUCAUUUCGGUGGAAUAUGGGAGCGCGAAAUUCGAACCAUUCGAAAGGUUAUGGCCGGAUUGAUGUCUGAAACCCAACGAAAUCUCAACGAUGAGGGUUUAAGUACUCUAAUGUGCGAGGUCGAGUCGGUUUUAAAUGGCCGACCACUGACCCCAGUCUCCAACGAUCCCAAUGAUGUCGAAGCACUUACACCAAAUCACCUCCUUCUGCAACAAGCCGGACCCACCAACCCGUCUGCACUUUUCUGUUUAUCGGAUCAAUACAUGAAACAACGAUGGCGUCAAAUCCAGUACAUGGCUGAUACGUUUUGGAAGAGGUGGACCACGGAAGAUUUAUCCCAACAAAUGAGUCGCAACAAAUGGAUCGAGCCGAAACGAGAUGGUCAAGCUGGAGAUUUGGUUUUAAUGGUCGUGGAAGAAUCCGAGGAUUUCCAAUUUGCACUCCUUGGCCAGCUUCAGGCCGAUGUUGUCGGAACCCUGACUCGAUUCCGAGUUACAAGCCCGUCAUGGGCCGAGGGCGGUUACAUCGAAGGUUGGGUUCGCCAGCUAGCCGGAGGAAACUACUAUGUGUCUCCACGCCAGAUUUUGGAAGCUGAACAAACCAUCAAGUUACGAUCUUUAGUGCGGUUCUCAAAAUUCAACUUGGAAGAUCUCAAAGUAGUAGUGUUCAAGUCUGUGAUUAAAGUGGACCAAAGUCAGAUUCAGAACACCGCCGAACUCAUUUUGGACCAAAUUCCAACAGAUGAGGACACUAGCUUUGAAGACGAGGAUCAGAAUAUCCUCUACUACGUAGCCGGAUACCUUGGAAGGUUGUUGUCGAACCGCAAGAGCUGUUAA